AUGCAACCAACCAGCAACUCAACCGCCUCAACCUCCAUCAAACCAUACCUUCCUCCCAUUAAAUUUUUAUUGGAUUCACCCGUUGAAAUGUUUAAUGAUCAACAAAGGAUUCCAGUGGAACACCGAUGUCCAAAUUCUUAUAUGAAUACUUCUUCACGCAAGCUUCCAACUUUGUCUUUGAAUAUCCCUUGUCCAAAAGUUCAACUCAUUUCUCCAGUUGAAAGGAGCGUUGAUAAUAACAUGUCCGGAUAUCAUCAUAAAGGAAAUCAAUAUCAAAAUAAUUUACCAAGUCUCCCUUCUAUUUCCGUUACAAUUGGACAGAUUGAACCUGCUUUGAAUAAUAACAGUAGGAACAUUACAUCAGUGCAAAAGCAUUCUCGUCCUAAUAGUAUUCAAUCCUUGAUAUUAUCACCACCGGAAUCUCCAGAUAUGGUCAAUAAUCCAUCAUUUGAUGAUUAUGAACCUCAACAUCGUAGAUACGAUCGUGCUGGAGAAUAUCAUCAGGGACGUGUGGUUUACGAUCAUGCUUAUACAGAACAACAACGUGCAUAUCCAUCUUCAAACAUCUCCCCAACAACUCUUCAACCCGCAUUUUCUCCAUUUGAAUCAAGACCAGCUACGACUCUUCCUCGUCUUGAUGUCCCUUCUCCAGUGUUGAACAACGAAAAUGUUAUUACAAGAAGGUUGGGCACACCAAAGGUCAUCAAUGAUCAUCAAAUAAAUUUGCCCGUGGCUGGAGUAACCACUUCAAAUACUAAUAAUAGAUAUCAAUGUCCUUAUUGCUCGAAGAGAUUUUCUCGUCCAAGUUCUUUACGCAUUCACACUUAUUCACAUACAGGAGAAAAACCUUUUGUAUGUACAGAAUCCGGAUGUGGUAGAAAAUUUUCUGUUCAAAGUAAUAUGCGUAGACAUUUAAGAGUUCAUCGAUUAGGGAGACCUGUUAAGAAAGUUAGAUAUGAUGGCGAAGUGGAAGGUGUUAAAAUGUUGAAUCAUGGGCCUAUUAUGAGAAAUUGUUAA